AUGAAGAUUAUUCUUAACGCUAUCAAAGUUUGGAAUACUUUCAAUAUUCGUACAUUAGGAGAAUAUUCCGAUUUAUAUUUAAAAACAGAUGUGCUUCUUUUAGCCGACGUAUUCGAAGCAUUUCGAACUACGUGUUUAAAUACUUAUCAACUUGAUCCCUUACAUUAUUAUACUGCACCAGGCUUAACAUUUGAUGCCAUGUUAAAAACGACAAAAAUUAAACUAGAACUCUUAACGGAUAUAGAUAAAGUCCUUUUUGUGGAGAGAGGUAUUAGAGGUGGAGUUUCCCAAUGUUCUAAUAGAUACGGUAAAGCCAAUAAUAAGUACAUGAAUAAAGACGAAUAUGAUCCUUCACAAGAUAGUGCCUAUUUAAUGUAUUUUGAUGUUAAUAACCUUUACGGAGCGGCAAUGUCUCAAUGUUUACCCUAUGGGAAAUUUGAAUUUGUAGAAAAUUUCAAUAUUUCAGAUAUCUUAGAUACUUCCGAUAAUUCCACAACUGGUUAUAUUAUUGAAUGCGAUUUGGAUUAUCCAGUAGAUUUGCAUGAAAUACAUAGCGAUUUACCUUUAGCUCCAGAGCACAUGAUACCCCCCAUUUCAAGGUCUAAACUUAAAAAGUUGUUAUUGACUUUAUAUCCUAAGAAAAAUUAUGUUAUACAUUAUAGGAAUUUAAAAAUGUAUAUAAAAUUUGGUAUGAAAAUAAAAUGUGUACAUCGUGUUCUUAAAUUCGAACAGUCUGCGUGGUUAAAGGAAUAUAUAGAUUUAAAUACAAGGCUUAGACAGCAAGCGAAGAACGAUUUUGAAAAAGAUUUUUUUAAAUUAAUGAUUAACGCUAUUUAUGGUAAAUGCAUGGAAAAUGUUCGAAAACAUAGGGAUAUUCGAUUGGUCAGUAAAUGGGAGGGACGAUGGGGAGUUCGUUCUCUUAUUUCUAAACCAAAUUUUCACAGUUCCGUUGUAUUUGGUGAUGAUUCAGCGAUCAUCGAAAUGAGUAAAUUAGAGGUGUUUUUAAAUAAACCAAUUUAUGUCGGUUUUUGUAUUUUAGAUAUUUCUAAAACUUUUCUCUAUGAAUUCCACUAUGGUUAUAUUAAGGAAACAUUUAACAGUAAUGCAAAGUUGCUUUACACCGACACUGACAGUCUAAUUUACGAAUUUCAUGUAGAUGAUAUAUACGAAUCAGAGCUGUUCAAAGUACUCAAAAAAAGUACUUGA